GGUGUGGCCGCUCUCCACCUUCAAGAAGCUGGGAAUCCCGAAUCCAAAACCCGUCCUGUUGUUUGGAAACUACCUGGAAUAUUGGAAGGGAGUUAACCUCUUCGACAAGGAAUGCUACGAGAAGUACAACAAAGUCUAUGGGUACUUCGAAGGCAGGGUACCUAACCUCAUGGUCGGUGACUUGGAGAUCAUCAAGGAAAUCACGGUGAAGGAGAUCAACAAGUUCACCAACCGAAGGCCUCUUCCCGGUCAAGGUGAAAUCUUUGACAACAGUUUGCUCGGACUCAAAGACGCGGACUGGAAAAGGGUCCGGAGUGCCAUCACCCCUACCUUCAGCUCCGGGAAACUAAAACAGAUGGCGGCGCAGAUCGAGCACUGCGCUGAAAGACUGGUGGCGAGCCUGGCGGAGAAUCAAAAGAAGGGGACAGAGUUUGACAUGAAGCAGUGAGUAUUAAUUGUUUUGGGCCUGUUUUUUUUUGUUUUGUUUUUGGGACUGGUGUUCCAAUUUUUUUUUCCUCGCUGGGCCGGAUCCAAGUUUGUCCCUGGUCUGAGUUGCAACUGAAAAGUGGCAGGUGCAACGGUUGAACUGGUUACGUCUAAAUUUCUUCGUGUAAGCUAGGGACACAACCCGCCGUACAUGCAAA